CAUUGAAUUUCAUCGAACACUUUGUAAUUGGUUUGAGUAUAUUUUCGAAAAUGUCCAGUGAAACUGUUUACCAAUGAAACGAACGCAGGAAACGUUGUCGUGAACGUUACACGGUGAACAAGGUCUGCUGAAAUUCUGAACAAAACGUCGAACCGUACUGUAGAAAUUUCACACACGACAGAGAGAUUUGUGUGAAAACCGUUGGCUAUUUAGUGAAAGCUAUGGGAGCCUUUUAAAAGUUUAGUCGAAACAGCGUUGACUGUAGAUGCCUGAAAGAGAAAAAUGUAUAGAAGCAACGGAUACACGUAUGCGAGCGCACACUUCCAUUGAAUGCGCCAGGUAUACGUAUAUAGAAGUAGGCGGAUGUGUGUACUGGCAAAUGCGGUAGAGAACAGUUUGAUACGCGUUCGGGAGUUUAGCGUUUGUAAGAGUUUUCAGGAAAGACAAGAGGUGCGCUAGUGUUCCACUAAGCUACCCCCAGCCUUACUACCCCCACCCUUCUGUUCGAGCUCCCCUAGCUAGUGCAAAUCUCGGCGGAUGAAUGUUUUCUUAAGGGAUUCUUCCCGAAAGCGACGCGAAAAUCUGAGAGGAGUCGACAAAGCUGAAAAUUCGAAGAUUAUUCUAAGAAGGUACCAUAAUGGAGAGUGGAAGUAUCUUGAAUACCCCGGGUAAUUAUCCUGGCGGGGAUCGUCAACAGUUUUGCGUUUCCUGGAAUUCUCAUCAAUCGAAUAUGCAUAGCGCAUUCCCUAAAUUGUUGAGUUCAGAGCAAUUCGUCGAUGUCACUUUGGCUUGCGACGGAGGCUCGAUAAAAUGUCACAAGGUGGUAUUGUCAGCCUGUAGCGAUUAUUUGGAACGUUUGCUACUGGAGAUACCGUGCACUCAUCCCAUCAUCUUCUUGAGGGAUAUGAGAAUGUGGGAACUUCAAGCUUUGGUAGAGUUCAUGUAUCGUGGAGAAGUGUACGUGGAGCAACAGCAGCUAGGAAAAUUAAUGCAGGCUGCCGAAGUAUUACAGAUUCGUGGUUUGUCCACUCAAGGGAACGAUAAUACUUUGAGCGAAAGUGGCUCCCAGCAAUGCGACUCGAAUACAUCCGUUGCUCCGUCUACAACCACACAGCAGGAUGGGUCUAAUUUCAAAGUAGAGGAAACUCAGUCCGACGACGGAGCUUCGAAUGCUAAUUUCCUCGAAACUCCGUCGAUCGCCGCAUCCAGUACGACGAGCGCAACAUCGCAUACUACUACUCCGGUUUCACAAAACCCAAAUUCUUCAAAUUUCAUGAACAUGGAGCACAGCGAGGCAUUGCAGCAUUUGGAGAAAGCGCUGAGCGCUUGCGAGGCAACUCUGACCGAAACCCAGGGGAUGGUAAAGAUGGAACCGGACGAACAGUUUACUCAGCAACAGGAUGUAAAACCAUAUUCGAUUAGUAUGGUACCGAGCAGUAAUUGUAACCCGAGCAGCCCGUUUCCUGCGAUCGAAGGCUACCAGAGACGACAAAGACGUUCGGAAGAAGAGUUGAAACAAGCUUCGGAUAUGGUGGCACGCGGUAUGACGUUUCAAGUUGCUUCGGAAAAAUACAAAAUUCCGAUAAGUACGAUUCGAUUCUACAUGGUCAGAAAAGGUAUAUUGCAAAGGCGAAAACGCGGUCGCGGUUCAAGUAAUCUUGGCAUGAAUAGUCAGCCAGGCAGUCCGGCGAGUCCGCCGUAUCAUAUGAUGAAUUAUCGUUUGCCAGAGAGCCUAAACUCCAGCCUACCGUAGUGCUAUACGAGAAGUAGCGAGUUUUUAGACUUGAGUUGAAUCGAACAAAUUUUUUAUUGCCGUAUCGGAGCUGUUCCAGACUGUCAUUCUUCCCAUGCUUAUCGACUCACACUGAGUUAUCCGUUUUUCGCUCGAUCAUUCACUUGUGGCGGUGACGCGUGUCCAUCGCGAAUGCGCGUUUCCGCCGAAUUAUUCUAUUCUCCAUACAUUUAUUGCAUUUACAAAAGAUAGUAAUUUAAUAGAGAAUAAUUGACAAUGUGUACGUAUCGUACACGAUAGGUACGAUUUUAGUCUAGAACAGCUCGACUCCGUGUACAUAAGCAGCACCAUACGCGAGCUUUCGGACGCAGCAUCUAGACAAAAGGAAACUAACGGAAAGCGAAGCAGAAGAAACUUGUCGCGACGUAUUGCGCGCGCGCGCGGUUCUCGGGACUCGAGAGAUUAUGGAGGAUUUCGAGGUUUUCUAUCGUUCCACCGACGAAAUGAUUUCUCUUAUCGUGUCGUUUGAUUCGAUCGAGUAGUUUUUCUGGGGAUUUUCGUUGAUUUUCUUUCCUGUCGCGGUACAAGCAAAGAGAAGAAAUCUGUGUGACACCUGUCGAUGCGGCGGACGAAGGCCACUCGUACGGUUCAGUUUUGGGCCGUGUUCCGUUCUUCUACUUAGUGACACAUACACCUUGCGUACAUGGAUAGCGUAAGAGGUAUUUUUUUGAGUCCUAUACACAGAUUGCUACAACAGGUUUACAUACCACGGUUCAUAGAAAAGAUUGAACGCGUCACGCGAACCAUAUUUUUACGAUCGCUCGAAAAUCUUUUGAUAAUACGUAUCCGUAGGAUAGAUUCUUUUUUAUUACGUAUUUAUAUACAUAGCGAUACACACAUGCACUGACGGAUACACGAGAGUGAAGCGGGCGGGACACACGACACACGACACGCAGAACAGAGACGAACGAACGGGGAUGAUGGUCACGGAGGAAAGGGGAAAAGGGAAACGAGAAACAGAGAAACAGAGAAACAGACGGAGCACGCAACGAGCUAGCAAGGGUCUAGGGGUGCAUAAAACAUAUACAAGUACAUGUGUAAACACGUCGGUCAUAUGUACCAAUUCAGUUGAUCUUUGACAUCCAACCUGUGGAUAUACAGUUCAUUGUUGCUAGGAGAUCUACUUUUCGCUAUCUUUGGUCACAUCAAAUAGAAUAUUCGUACGUUGUUCGCGCGAGGUAUUGUUUCCUUUGAUUUGACGCGAAAUCAAACAAGACGUUAGAAUAGAAGUUUACGGCUGAGAAAUGCUUGUUACAAUUGUCGCGAGAUCGUAGGCUUUGUCCAUGAACGAACUUUAGUCACUACGUUCAAGACUGGUCACACACGGCUGACUCGCAACCACGUCGAAUCUUGUAAUGUAAAUCUGAAUUUAUUACACCGAUAUUUUUGUAGGCACCUUGUCGUGGUAGGAGUCUUCUUUCUGCCUUUAUACAUGUGCUCGCGUUCCAACGUAUUCACCUAUGUAUAUAUGAUUAAUGUAUAAACAUUCAUCCGUACGUAUAUACAUAUAUGUAUAUGUAUGAAGGCGCGCACGCACGGACACACGCGAUGCACGUACACACAAUCGGACACUGACACGGAAUCAACACGACACGUGUACUCACGCAUCAUACGACACACUCGACCACACACACACACACGCACACACACACGCAAGUAUGUAUAUAUCGUCGGUGACUAGAUGCUCCGUACUCGUUACCGAACAAAUCUGGACUUGUCGAAAAACUUGACGACGUAUAGCUGAAUGCUUUUCACGCGUUAGCAUGCAACUUGUAAUCGAGCGUGAAAAUCGAAUAGAAAAGCGUUUUCAGAAAACCGAGCAAAUACAGAUGUUUCGAUAGUUUUGUGAAUCCUGGUUUUGCCUUUUCCGAAAGAUUCUAUACUUUUCCAAGUAUAUCGGAACGCGCUCACGCGCGGAAAACAAAAGACGCGCAACGCCUCGCGAUCGAUUCAUAUUUUUACUAGAAAUCAUGUUCCUAAAUUAUUACGGUAGCGAUUAAGAAGGGUUGUUGGGAACAUGCGUCUAGCAACAACACGAAUCGUUGGGCGAGCAUUCUAUCGUGGGUACACUUUUGCGGCGGACAAAACGAAAACGAACACGAACACGAACACGAACACGAACACGAACACGAACACGAACACGAACACGAACACGAACACGAGAACAGGAAACAGGAAACAGGAAACAGAAAACAGAGCAGACAGGGACAGAGACAGAAACGGAGAAUACAGCAACACAAAUGUAACGUAACCGUACAGUGUAUUGCCUUUGUUAAAUAGCAUUCGGAUAAAGCCAUAUUUUUCCAUGCAAUGCAAUAAUCCAGCAAAAUAAAUUACCGUAAUUGUGAAACAGCCUAAAAUGGGGAAGAGUGCCAGAUAAAUAAACGAAAGAAAAGAAGGAAGAAAGGGAUGAGGAGGCGACAGAGAAAUGGGAAAGGAGAAGAGAGAGAGAAGAGGAGAAGGAAGAAAGGAAUAAUGGGCGCGAUCGAUGUAAAACGUUGUAUAGACGAUUUCCUACCAUUUAGAACAUAUUUGCCUUUUAUUCUGGCCUCGUGAUAAAUCCUCACUUUAUUUAUACUCGACAAUAUACUGGAUACCGUGUAAAGGAACGACUAAAUUAGGUUAGGCAACUUGAUGAACCAAUGAUUUCUCGCGGUACGAUGCGAGUCCUAAUCUCUCCUCCUCCAGCUCGUUCGCGCGAAUUUCUGGGAAUCCGCAGUUUCAUUUUCUACCCUGUAUCGACACUCUUUCCCCGAUCGGUAACGCUCUUCCUUUAUUCUUUCCGCGAUGAUGCUAAAUCCUGUUUCUUCGAAGCUCUUCCUUACUUGUCUUGCUCGAUCAUCGAGAUCGCGAAUAAUGCUCUAAAGCUUGGUUGUAUCGUUCGGUCGCGCGAUCCGGAAGAAAUAACGAGUAAGCGAGCGGCGAGGUUCUUGGCGUUUUCAUCGGUGUGUACAGCAUUGUUGCUUAAAAAGUUCGUAUCGCGUGAAUCAUCGUUCAAAAAGUUCCAGUUGACAAAGGUUUUAUACAGAUCUAUUAAAAACCAGUAUUUCAAACCAAUGAAGAAUAAUUAGUUUUCUAAUAAUAACAGUACAUUUUACGUGAACUUAGAACAGUGCUUAAGUCAGUAAUGCUCAGCGUAUGUAACAAAUAUUUUUAGUGGAAAUCCGUGUCAUACUCACGUGAAUUAUAAUGCCCUUAAAAUAUGUAACUAAACUAAACUAAACUAAAGUAAAGUUAAAGUUAAAGUUAAAGUUAAAGUUAAAGUUAAAGUUAAAGUAAAGUUAAAAUAAAGUAAAAUAAAGUAAAAUAAAGUAAAAUAAAGUAAACUAAAAUA